AUGGUGGCGAAAACUGCCCGCGCCUACCGCAGCAAUCAGUGCCCGCCCCCUCCGGGCCGUCCUAACCCCCACAGUGCUGCGCCGCGGCCCGACUUGGCCCGGCCCGGCCCGGCCCGGCCCCGCCCCGCCCCGCCCAACUUGACCCGGCCCGUUGUGUUCCAUUCCGUUUCGCCAGAAAGCGUCAUGAGUAGAAAGAAAGAGUUUUCCUUGGUGGAUGACAGUAGUGGAUACUUUAAUAGAAAACUAAAAGCUAUAAGGCAGUGUCUUAAGAUGCUAGAAGAGGACGUUACAGAAGCAAAUCAGAGAAACAGUGGUUUGUGUCAUAUGUCAAAAGGUGGGGAUGUGAAAGCAUUGCUUGAUGUGAAGGAUGAAGACACUGAUUUUCUUUGUUCCUCUUCUACCAAAACCAAAACUAGUUUUGAAGUCGGGCUGUGUGGUGGCAACUCGCCAAGGUUAGCAAGCCUAUGUGGACUUGAAGGAAUUCUGAAAGUGCGUGGCUUUCCUCCCACUCCUAUUGCUGUGGAGAAUGACAUUGAAAAAAAUAGCAAUAGUCCCAGAAAAUUCUUCCAGCUCUAUUACAUGAGGCACCUUAUUCAUAAUACUGAAGAGAAAGAUGUUCAGCAUGUAGUUUCUUCAAAUGGUGCUCGAGCAGCAGACAUGGACAGUAAAACUAUAGAAGAUAUUGAUGAAGCUGUGUGCAUAGGUGUUUGUAAUCUCAGCCACUUGCAGGAUGCAGAUGAGAUGCUGAAAUACUUGAAAUUGAAGUUAAAGCAGGAAGGAGAAGUUGCAGAAACUGUGGAGAAAAUAUUUGAUGAACUUCUUGCUUCUCUCCUCUCAAGGAAAAAUAAAUCAUGUGCAGAAAUAAGGAAGAGCAUCAGCAGCUACAGUGCUGAUAUUGGAAAAGCUAAGGAAGUUAUUGAAGAGAAGAAAAAGUGCUUGGCUGGUGCCAUUAGGAUUGCAAAAGAAUUUAAAAUUACACCUUCUGUAAGAGCCUACUGUGAUCUCCCUCAGGUUAUUUGUGAUUUAAAGUUGCCAGUUGAGGCUGAACUCUCAAGAGUGUGUAGUUUGAAUGAAAAAAUAUUUUCAAGCCUGGAUGACAUGAAUGUGUUUCCAAAUAAAAGUUUUGCCAAAUACGGUGAAGGUAAUGGACAACACACUCUUUUUCUUGAUGAAAAAGAAAUUCCAGGCUUCAAUACUCGGUCAUCUGUAGAGAAUAUGUUUCCAUCUCCAUUCAGCCCUGAUCUCAUAAUUGAAGAAAUAUUUGAAGAUGAUCUGGAAAGUUCAACAGAACUGGUGACUGUAAGUCAUGUUAUAAAUCCAUGCCACUUCUAUGUUCAGAGAUUCUUACAGAAGAAAGAAGCAGAGAUUUUGGAGAAGAAACUGGAAAACUUCUGUUGUAAUGAGAAUUCAUAUCUCUUGCCUUUAGAUGUUUUGGAACUAGGUGCUGAAACUUAUAUUAAGAAUAAGGAAACUGGAAAGUGGUGCCGUGGAGCUAUCACUGAACUAAUUCCCCUAAAAAGUGAAAAUAGGAGGAAGCCUUGUGGUCCAAAACGAUACAAAAUUUGUGAUAUUGCACUGCUGGAAGUAUUCCUGGUUGAUUUUGGGAGCUCUGUAGUUCUGACUUCCUCAGGAUAUGAUCCCACUGAAAUGCCUGAACCUGCUACUACUCUGCAAACCAUUGAAACAGAUGACAUUUGUUUGUUUCUGAGGAAGCCUGAUCAGCACAUUGAGGCAGAACUUGCAGCUAUUCCUCCUUUAGCAAUGCAGUGUUCAUUGAAGGAUAUUGUUCCCAAAAAUGCAAAUGAAGGUUGGGGAGAGGAAGUAAAGAUACAACUUUUAGGAAUGGUAAAGAACAAAGUUGUUUUAAUGACCAUAUAUGGAGCAGAGGAUGGUAUUCUCAUUGUGGAUUUGAAAAAAUCUCCAUUUAGUAAAUCAGACGUGCCAGUGUCUGUCAAGGAUGCAUUGGUUUUUUUAGACUUUGCAAGGUUUAGAUCACAGCUUCCCAGUCAUGUAGAAAAUAAUACUAUCUUGCAGUAUAGUCCACCUGACAUUCCCCAAGAAAGUGCAGUUGUCUCUGUCAUCGUUUGUCACAUUAAUAGUCCAAGUGAUUUCUAUGUUCAGUUGAAAGAUAGCCUGGAUUUAUUAGCUCUUUCAAAGAAACUUCAGGAGGUAUAUAAAUAUGAGUAUGGGAGUCACAUGGAAAUUCUCUGCCCAGUUGAAGGCCAAGCCUGUAUUGCAAAACAGGAAGAUGGGAAUUGGUGCAGAGCGCAGAUUAUAGGACUGCCAAGUCAUCGAGAAGUUACGGUGAAAUACGUUGACUUUGGAAACAUUGCUCACUUAACUCGUAAAGGCAUACGCAGAAUAAAAAAAGAGUUCUUGAGCAUUCCAGAAAAGGCAAUCAGGUGCAGGCUGGCUUUUAUUGAGCCUUAUAAAGGAACAAAUGAGUGGAACAGAAAAGCCAAGGCAAGAUUUGAAGAAAUGACUGAGGAUAAACCUAUGCUGUGUUCAGUUGUUGAAAUUUUAAGUAAUGACAUCUUAGCUAUUGAACUCUUUGAUUCCUCUGCUGUUUGUGGAAGAAGCUUUAGUAUUAACUGUCAGCUAGUUGAAGAAGACCUAGCGUCCUACGUACCUGGGUACCCUGCAAGUACUGCUGUACAGUCCAAUGAAACAAGGCAUGUAUCUGUAGAAGAAAUUGCUGAAACCUUGGAUACUUUAAAUCCUACAGACCUGGAAUCUGUGGAUGAAGGAGAUUUGAAAUCGCUAACUAAGAAAGAGAUACAAGCGAGAAUUAGUCAUGUUGUAUCUCCUAGUAAAAUUUUUAUACAGUGGCUGUCAUCAGAACAUAUAAUGAAGAGUUUGCAGGAGGAGAUGGUCACCAUCUAUAAAGAAUCUCAGCCACAGUCCGUGAACUGGGAAGAGAGUAUGCACUGUGCUGUUUACCUCAAGGAUUUGAAGCAGUGGCAAAGAGGUCAGAUAAGCAGGAUUGUCUCUGAAACAAGUGCAGAGGUAGUACUUUAUGAUUCUGGACCCGAAAGAAUAGUAGAUAUCAGCUGUCUAAGAAAGCUUGAGGAAAGCAUGAAGAUAAUUAAGACAUUAGCAGUAGAAUGCUCCUUGGCAGACAUAAGGCCAACAGGUGGAAGCACACAGUGGACAGCAACAGCAUGUGAAUAUUUGUCUUAUUACCUGAUGGGGGCACAAGUGAAAAUAAUCAUACAGGAAAGUGAUGUGGCUUGUGCACUGCCUGUGAAAAUACUUUACAAAGACGAAACAGGAAAGUUGACUGAUACUUCGGAACACCUUGUUAAAAAGGGUCUAGCUUUUAGAAACAAAAGAACUGAUAAAGCUGAUGUGACUUGCUCAAUCUCCAAGGAAUAUCUUAAAGUAGAUUUAGAGCAAAAGAAUACACAAAUGAAUGGUUGUCAUUCAGAAACUCCACGUGCAAGAAUCAGCACUGCUCCAGAGGAAAGCAUGAUUGUUUCAGAGAGUGAACAGAAACCAUGCCAAAUAUAUGAGUCACCACUUAAUUCAGAAAUGGAUGAAAUGUAUACACCCCCCAUUAUACCUGUAGAGAAAAUUUUUCAAGCUGCAGUAAGUUAUGUUGGAUGCGAUGGAACUAUUUACAUAAUACCAAAAGCAUAUGAAAUUGAACUAAAGAAACUAAUGACAGAAAUACAAAGUAAAUUCAAAUGCCUUGGUCUUCUGGGACCAUACCACUGGAAAAAGGGAGAAGCUUGUGUUGUAAGAGGUUCAGAUACCAUGUGGUAUCGAGGUAAAGUGGUGGAAGUCGGUGGUAGUGCUCUCCAGGUACAGUACAUAGACAUUGGUUGCACUGAGAAGAUUCUUCCAUGUCAUCUGUAUCCAACUACAUUGUAUACUGCUGUUCCUCCAUUUUGCAUACCAUGUCAACUCUACAAGACAGUACCAAUUGGAAAUUUUUGGCAGCAGGAUGCAGUAGCUUGCCUUCAAGAACUACUUACAAAAGAAGAGGUUGAAAUACAUGUUCAGGAGUUGCCAGAUAACCCAAGGGGUAAGUUGUCUAUCAGCCUGUAUUUUGGUGGAACGUCGCUCUCUUCCUUCAUGGCAUAUCAGAAGUACUGUGUUGCUGAAGAUUGUGAGGACAUAUCAAAGCAGGAGUUACUUGAAGGAGACAUUCCUAGUUUGCCUUCAUACAUCUUGCCACAGCUACCUGUUCCAGGAGAUACCUUUCCUGUCAGAAUUACCCAUUUGGUGUCUCCUAAGGAGGUAUAUAUGUGCUUUGAUCCUUCAAAGAACGUUGUGAAGCAGUCUGACACACAGGGAGAUGCCAACUGUGAUUCUGAGCAAGAGAGCUUGGAUGAAGCCCUGAAACGGUGCAAUGAAACUGCGGAGUCUCUUCCUGUACUAACACACUUCCAAAAAGAAAUGCCUUGCCUUGUAAAAUACCAGGAUGAUUUAUGGUACAGAGCAAAGCUCCUUUCAGUUGAACAAUUGGACCCUGUUCAGAUCCUCAUUCAGUUUGUUGACUAUGGUAAUUUUUCGGUUGUCCCAACAGACAGAUUGCGCCACAUACCUUACUACCUGCUGAGGUAUCCUGUGCAGGCAGUACGAGUGCUGUUGGCUGGAUUUAAACCUGCUUUGUAUGACGAAAAUGUGAGAAGGAUUCCUUAUUCCCCAGAAUGGAGCGUGGAGGCACUGUGGGCUAUGAUGGAGAGUGUUGAAGGAAAACAGCUCUCUGCUUCCAUACUUGGUCUUUCACCAGAGGUCACCAUUUCUUUGUUUGAAGAUGACAAAAGUCUAGUUCAUAUGAAACUGAUAGAAAUGGGACUUGUGGAGUUGGAUGAGUAA